AUGUACUUCCUCACAGCGGCUCUCCUUGUGUCCUGUACAUUCGCACUUGAUUUGGAAAAGGAGGAUUCAAAUGUCAUCCGUGCCAAAAGACAAGUGCCAUGGAUGGUGGAUGAAGCUUAUAAUGUUCGAAACGAGGAGUGGUACAAAUACGACUGUAAAGAAUGCUUCAAACCAUACGAGAUAAAUAUGAGAGAUUUCCAUCUUCUAGACGGUUGGCACAAAGAACUCAAGUGUAGGACGUCAUCUCCUGAAGAUUACGUACGUGAUUUUAAAAUUACCAAAUUGUUAUGGAUUAAUGCACAAUACAUGGUUCUAUCGAAAUCCCCUCAGGCGGUGCUAUCAGCAAAUGAUCGUCGAGAUGUCGUGAGUGUCGGAAGAGGAGUUGCGAGUAAGGUUAUUCGCUGUAAUGACAAUGGCAAAUGGGUAACCGAUCUCGGUGACGAUGAAAUCGAAAUCGAGGAUGCCUUCUGCCUUGUUAUCCCAGGAGAUGAU